CCCUCUUCCUUCACUCGAGUCCGUUGAUACUUUGAUUCAGUCCCCUCCAACUGACCAGACUGAAUCAUGCAAUCUGUCACCUAGGAACAGCGGUCUGUUGGACGCUGUACUUUAUGAAGCACAAACUAUGAGAGCUUCAAAGAAUAACUUGCAGCAGGAGAGUUCCGGUGAUGUGGUGGAUAAUUCAUGUCCAGAUCUCCAUGAGACUGGGUGGGAAACAUAUGGUGAUCCAAUCUCUCCUUUAGGUCAUUCUGCUGCAUCUGUGUUUAGUGAAUACACCCCUACUAGUGGAAGCUCAUCAGAGGAGCCCCAGUUAGUGACGAUGCCAGGUUGCAAGGUUAAGCAGGAGAAGUUUGACUUCGGGCCCUAUGAUGGGAAGGAUGACGCCUCAAACCCGAUCUUUUCCAGGCCAGACUACUUGCUUGACUCCAAUUGUUUCAGUCCUAUGCAGAACUAUGUGAGAACCAUUUGGCGCUGAAAGAUGCAUUUUGGCUACAGUCCUUUUGAUGACUAUAUCGGUAGUCAAACCAUCAGAUCAAGUUUGUGGACAUGGCUCUUGCACAGGGGAUGCCAUGUCUACCAUCCAGUCAAUAAGCUCAGCAGGAUUAUGGUACUUUUACGCUUUGCAAACAUCUUUCCCAUACAAACUUUGAUUGUCUCAGCUGUUAAAGGACAAAUAGAAAACAAUGUAGUAUUUUCCGAUAAGACUGAAAAUGCCUUCUGCAUGGUUGUGUUUGAGUUGUGGAGUCUUUGAGAUUCAAACAAAUGACACUUCUUGUAUGUGGCAUUGAAUGGCCUGCUUUCUAAUUCCGUUGUGUUGACCACAAAUGCAACACAUCUCCUUUGUGCUGGGAGGACAUUAAAGUUGCAGUAUUGCUUUCUCUUA